AAUCUUUUAAAGUUUUAUUUAUUUUAUACAUAGUGUUCAGCCUCCAUGUAUGCCUGCAGGCCAGAAGAGGGCACUAGAUCUCAUUACAGAUGGUUGUGAGCCACCAUGUGGUUGCUGGGAUUUGAACCCAGGACCUUUGGAAGAACAGUCAGCGCUCCUAACCUCUGAGCCAUCUCUCCAGUCCCUCAGUUAAUCUUUUAAUACGUUAUGUAGGCUGUCAGAAAGGCUCUGUGGGUAAAGGCAUUUGCUGCUGAGCCUGAUGAGCUGAACUGGACUCCCAGGGCCCACAUGUGGAGAGAACCCCUUAAGUUGUCCUUUGACCUCCAUGUCUACACUACCACACACGUGUAUAGGAACACACACACAAAUAGACACAAUUAAAAUUUUAACACAUUAUGGACAAUUUUUGUUUUGUUUUUUCAGGACAGGGUUUCUCUGUGUAACAGCUCUAGCUGUCCUGGAACUAGCUCUUGUAGACCAGGCUGGCCUCAAACUCAGAGAUCGGCCUGUCUCUGCCUCCCGAGUGCUGGGAUUACAGGCGUGUGCCACCACCGCCUGGCCAUUAUGGACCAUUUUAUCUGCAUAAGCAGAUCUCUUUCAAAGCCCACACAAGAGAAGUGCUUGUGGAAACUCCAUCUUGUGGGGAAGGUGAAGUGACAUCUCCCUCCUAGGUGGUUGAAUUUACAGAACCCAGAUGGAAAAGUGGCUAACACGUCAUUCUUCUGCUGAAUGCUGACUGGUAGCAUCGACUUCUCCGAGGUAGGGGUACGGUCCAGACCAGGGCUGAGGAAGCCUGCCCAGAAUCUGGUUGCCUGGAUUCCUGGGCACUGGCAGCCAAGGCUUUGCUUCCAUGCCUGGCCUGGCCUCUGGCGAAUGGGGGAGGAGCUGCUACUCAGGCCUGAUGCUGAUCUCUCCUGACAGCUGCUCCUAAGGCUGGCAAGGCAGGGGGGAAGGGACCAGAUUUAAAGAUCCAGCUGCCCCGCCCCUGCCAGACCUGGGGCGAGCCAGCGGUGGUGAGCAUCCUGAGCGCAUAGUGCCCAGGCAAAACAGGCCAGGGACCCCGAUGCCCCGAUUUCCACCUCUUGGGAUACCCCGCGCAGCAUUUCGUCAUUUCUGCUCCCACUCCAGAGGCUGACAGGGAGACCAGUGCCCCCCACUAUGAGAUUUCGCCGCCUGACCCCUGGCUACUUCCGGGUGCUACAGGUAAGAACCUCUAAAUACUAGCUCUGCACCACCAACCUCUUUCUCCCGGUCUCAUGACGGGGCUGAUACCCCCAAUGGCCAGACUGUCACGUUCCCUGCUGCCUGACUAGCCAGGACCCAGAUGGGCUGUGAGGCGAGAGGGAUUGGAGUGGAAUCUCCCUGGGGCAGAAAUGGCGUCCGUAUCUUCUCCACCCAGCAGCACCAUUUUAUCCCCUUCCUUCCUAGAAGUCUCAGUUGGCAUUUCGCGUUCACCCUCUGCAGAUGCAGGUGGCUGGGGAGCUGAAGGCAGAGCCCCGGAGUCCGCUGGUUGGGAUUGUGGCUACGAUGUUGGCUGUCCUCGGGUUAGGCGGCUCCUGCUAUGCCGUGUGGAAGAUGGUGAAGCUGCGGCAACCAUCACAGGCCCCGUGAUGAAGCAGGCGGCCUCUCUCACCUAGGCUCGGAGGUAGGUGACCGAGGGGAGAGGGCUGCAAGCUCAGAAAACCACGUUUUUCCCCUUUGGGAUCAGUCUCCACCAUCGCCAGAAACACAGAAAAAAAACUUAUCCUAUUCCCCAGUUUUA